AUGCAAGACACGGAUGCAAUAAUAAAAAAUCUUCAAGAAGAUCUGAAAGGGAAAAGAUAUUUGCUCGUACUGGAUGAUGUGUGGAACGAAGAUUCUGAAAAAUGGAAUGACUUGAUGAGUUGUUUGUUAAGUGUUAAAGAUACCCAAGGAAGCAACAUUCUUGUCACUACCCGGAGUGCGAGGGUUGCAUCAAUUUCACAGACACUUUCUAGGUAUGAUUUGCAAAAAUUAUCAGAUGAUCAAUGUUGGCUUAUUUUGAAGGAUAGAGCAUUUCCAAAUGAGAGUGAUCCUACUUUAAAUGAAGAUGAAGAGAGAAUUGGAAGGGACAUCGCCAAAAAGUGUGGAGGUAUUCCAUUAGUUGCAAAGGUUUUGGGAAGUAUGAUGCAGUUCAAAGAAAUUGAUGGUUGGCGGGUAAUUCAAGAAAGUACAAUAUGGGAUUUACCUGAAGAAGAAAAAAGAAUCUCCUCAGUUUUGAAGUUGAGUUUUGAUGAAUUGACAUCACCAACUUUGAAACAAUGUUUUGUCUAUUGCUCAAUGUUCACCAAAGAUUUUGAAAUUGAAAAGGAUGACUUGAUUCAACUUUGGAUGGCUCAAGGAUUGCUUCACCCUUCUCCCAACAAUAGUGAUCUAGAGAUGGAGGAUGUGGGAAAUCAAUAUUUCAAUAUUCUGUUGGAGAACUCUUUUUUUCAAGAUGUUAGAAUGGAUUACUAUUAUGGUACUAUUAUUGCCACAUGCAAGAUACACGAUCUUGUGCAUGAUCUUGCAGAAGAUGUAUCAAAAUCAAAGACCAAGGGCUCCAAUGAGAUUCGACAUGUGCCGCAGAAUUCAACCAUAGAUCUACAAGAAAUUCCAAAAGGAAUUGUUCAUAAAAGGAGUCUGAUAUUUGAUGAGUUGCCAAAUUCAAUUGGAAAGCUGAAACACUUGAGAUAUCCAGUUGGCAUGGGGCGGUUGAAAAAUCUGCGAUCAUUAUCCUUUUUCAUUGUGGGUAAGGAGGGAGGUCGUGGAAUAAAGGAGCUGGGUGGCUUAAAGCAUUUGAAAGGCGAAUUAUCUAUUUCUGAUCUGAAGCAUGUGAGAGAUGGAGAAGAAGCAAAGGAGGCAAAGUUGGCGGAGAAGACAAACAUACGUAGACUAGAGUUGGAAUGGUCGCAGACGAAGACAGGUCAAGGGUCAUCAAUAAUGACAGGGAUAUUAACUGUUGAAAAUGCAAAGAACCUAACUGAAUGGACGGAAGAAGCUGCAAAGUUGGAGAUAGAUUCCAUGAAUAGCGGCAUGCCGAUAGCUAAUAUUAUAAGCACUCAACUGACAACUCUUACUCGUCUCACAAUAAAGAAGAUAAGGGGACUUGUUUCUCUGCCGGAAGGGAUGUUAAAAAACAACAAGAAUCUUGCAUAUUUGGAGAUAAGAGAUUGUCCUGAGUUCAUUUGUAUUGCUGCCGAUGUAUAUGGUUGUUGCGCAUCCCUUGAGUCACUGCGUAUUUAUUCCUGUCCUAAUCUUAGGUCUUUGCCUCAUGGGCUAGAACACUGCACCUUUCUUAAGGAGUUGACUAUAGCUCAUUGUGAAAGUUUGGAGUGCAUCCCAGUUACAAACGGCCUCCCAUCCCUCUGCGAAUUAUAUAUUUCAAAUUGUGAUGAAUUAUCAAGCCUACCGAGUGGGUUACAACAUUGUACCUCUCUUGAGCACUUGUCUAUUUACUCUUGCCGGAAUCUCGAAGCUAUUCCAAUCACACACGGCCUCCCAUCCCUCCGCAAUUAG